AUGGAUGAAUUUGAAAAUGAAAUGUCUCAUAAUCCACGUAUAAUUCAAGCUCAUAAAAGUGAAUUAGCAGCAAUCACUCUCAGUUCUACUAGUAAUCUAUUAGCUACUGCUUCUAAACGGGGCACUCUUAUACGUAUAUUUUUAACAACAGGAUUAUGUGAAAAAAUUUUUGAAUUUCAACGUGGUUCAGAUACAGCUGAUAUUUAUAGUCUUGCAUUUAAUUGUAAUUCAGAUUUUUUAUGUGUAUCAAGUGAUACGGGUACUGUACAUGUAUAUAGUGUUCGUGAUCCAAAAUUAAAUCGAAAGGCUACAUUUCAAUAUGCAUUAAAUGAAAUUUAUGGUGAUUUAUGUAAUUUUAGCGUCAAUAAUGAACAACCAUGUAUAUGCGCAUUUUCAGACCUGCAACGUGUUGUUGUAGUAAGCUUUAAUGGAACGUUCUAUCAACAUAUUUUGACUUCAAAUGGAAAAUGUAGUCGAGAAGUAUAUGAAAUUUAUUUAGAUGAAAAUGAUGGAUGUAAUUUUUGA